AUGAGCAGCGAGGAACAGAUGGAAGCAAAAGCUAAAUUUCGCUCCGAGGAAGCAAACCUCUACUACACAGCAGCUACUGGGUUGUAUAAUGGUAACCACUGGAGCGCCUUGAAGAUCCCGCACCUUGGUAUGCGACAAUAUCUACAUCAGCAAGCAGGAUACCUUUGGGAUGGAGAUGUCAUCAAUCUUCGUGCUGCUCUUGUUGGUAUCACAACUCCGCAAGUUUGGGACGCGAUUACGUCAGAACGGUGUCCGGUGGUCUUUUCUGAUCAGGAACGGCACACAGCAAUGGAGGAAGCAAAUGAGUGGAAUGAGUGCGAAGAACUCCUGGAUUUUAUCAGGAACGAUGUAGGUAUUGACCCCGAAGGUGGUACAGAACCCGCAAACUUUGAGGAGGAUGAGCGUGAUAUUUGCUGGCGGAACUGGCCUUUCAAAGAUGAUACAGAUUUCCCCUCUUCGUCUUUAGUGUGA